GAAUUGCAGAUUCAGAGCGCGUCUCCACUGUCCCCAACGUUAGUGUUCAUUCAAUCUGGGCCGUCGGAUCCCUCACUGGCCCCAAAUCCAACGGUCCAAAUCCAAUCUGACCGCUUCUCUCUCACCCACCAGAAGUUCCGUCAAAAGCUCCGUGAAAUCGCCGAAUUCGAAGAAGAGAGAGAAACAAAAGACCAGAUCUCCGAUCUCCGCCUCCGUCGCCGUCGGUUUCCGCCGAUAAAGCCGCCGUGUCGAAGUAUUUUCUCCUCCCCUAUUUUCCUCGCCGGAGCAGUAUUUCCGUCGCCGAGGCGUCUUUGGCCAUUCCUCGUGUUCGUCGAUCCGGGAAAACCCUAGCGGUUGCGACCGAUUUCGCCACUGAAAGGCAGGAGGAAAAUCUGGCCUGAGGCUUGACUGUGGAUUAGCCGAGAAGCUGCUGUCUUCCAGAGGGAAAACAUCUUUUGAUUCCUUUUCCUCUGGCAUCUUAUGUGCGUUUUCUCUCAGAAGAAAGACAACGUACCACUUGCAUUUUCUUGGAAUCAUUCUCCACUGUUUAUGACUAUACCCAAGAGAUGGGUUCUCGAGGAAAACUGCUAUUUGAUCUUAAUGAACUUCCUGCAGAAGAUGAUGAUGGGUAUGAGCAUGAAACUUGCAGUCAACCUCAAAAGGUUAUCCCAUCUGCAAACCCCAAUAUUUCUGGUUUGCGUGCAACACCUGCCAGUUCCCAAGAUAUUGUAAACAAUUGUGCAUUCUCACAUUCAUCAACAAUUUCUGGUUUUCAGCCUUUUCUCCGCCCUCCUCAACUUCUAGAUAUGUCAGUCGAACAACAGAAGGAAGAAGAUACAUAUACUUUCAAGCCUGCAGUAUCAUUGUCAUCAUCAACGCCAGACACAUUUAAGGAAUCAAAAGUUGCAGCAUCAAUAGUUCCUAGUUCUAAUGAUGUUGAAAUUUCUGAGAGAGAAGAAGGGGAAUUGACUGAAUCUGCGUUUCCUGCUAAUGGAAAUGUGCAGGAUAACUCUGAUUACAAGGGUUCAGGGUCACGAGAGCAGGAGAUGCAUGAAACUGGCGCCUCUUCUGAUGAUUCUAAAGUUAUAGAAAAAGAUAAUGCCAUUGUAGGAUUAGAUCAUGAUCAGAACUCUAGUCUUCAAAAGAAAAACACCAACGAUAUUUCAGAAGGCAGUGCUAAAGGCGGUGUUGAUGGUCCACAAGAACAUGGUAUGCCUGUGAAGCAGAGAGAAAUCAGAGGAGUUGAAGCGAGUCAUGCAUUUAAGUGUGCAAACACCACAGUCAAAAGGAAGAUGGAUCAACAUAAAGAGGCAAUGUUGGGGAAGAAACGCAAUAGGCAGACCAUGUUUCUCAAAUUGGAAGAUGUCAAGCAAGCUGGGCCUAUUAAGACAUCAACGCCUAGAAGACAGAAUUUUCCCCAGCCUGUCAUCACGCGUACGGUCAAAGAAGCCCGUACAGGUCCUCCUGCUGAGCAUGGCAGAGAAAAUCAAAGUCAUGUCUUAAAUAGGGAUCAAAAACCGAUUGAUGCACCCUCGAAUGGAGGUCUUCAUGAAUCAUCUGAACUGAAAUCCGAAUGUAACGGUGAAUCAUAUCCGGGAUUACUUUGUAGACCUAGGAGGCUGAACGGGGAUGCAAGAGCUUCUGCUGAUGUGACCGAGACAUCUGUGUUGAGGCAGGGUCCAUGGAAGCAGCCAGCAGAUUCAAGGCAGCCCAAGAUUGGUCAGUCAUCUAAUAGACAAGUCCCCUUAAGUAGCCAAAGUUCUAUAGACCCAAAAUUGGGGAACAAAAAGGUUGUUCCUUCCAAAAAGCCAGCCACAACUAGUGCCCAAUAUCAGGACACGUCAGUGGAGCGUCUUAUACGGGAGGUCACCAAUGAAAAGUUCUGGCAUCAUCCAGAGGAUACCGAGCUUCAAUGUGUUCCUGGACUGUUUGAAUCUGUGGAUGAGUAUGUCAGAGUUUUUGAACCUUUACUUUUUGAGGAAUGCCGAGCUCAACUUUACAGCACAUGGGAAGAAAUGACUGAAGCCAAUGUAUAUGUGAAGGUCCGAAUAAAGUUUGUAGAAAGAAGAGAGAGAGGAUGGUACGACGUAAUACUUCUCCCAGUUAAUGACUGUAAAUGGUCUUUCAAGGAGGGGGAUGUUGCAGUUCUCUCAAAUCCUGUUCCAGAAUCAGAUGAGGAGCGAGAGGGUGCUGGACGUGUAGCCGGUACAGUUAGGAGACAUAUACCAAUUGAUACCCGUGAUCCUCCUGGUGCAAUUCUUCAUUUCUAUGUUGGAGACUCUUAUGAUAGUAACAGGAUUGAUGAUCAUCAUAUUUUGCGGAAGCUUAAACCUAAAGAGAUCUGGCAUUUGACGGUGCUGGGUUCGCUUGCAACGACGCAGAGAGAAUAUGUUGCGCUGCAUGCAUUUUCUCGUCUUAACCCACAGAUGCAAAAUGCAAUUCUCAGGCCCAGCCCGGAGCAGUUUCCUAAUUACGAGGAGCAAACCCCUGCAAUGCCUGAUUGUUUCACGCCGAACUUUGUUGAUCAUUUGCACCGGAGCUUUAAUACUCCCCAGCUUGCAGCAAUCCACUGGGCUGCAAUGCACACUGCAGCUGGUACUAGUAGUGGGAUGAAGAGGCAAGAUCCAUGGCCGUUCACUCUUGUUCAGGGCCCUCCAGGGACAGGCAAGACGCACACUGUUUGGGGAAUGUUGAAUGUUAUCCACUUGGUUCAGUAUCAACACUACUACACUUCUUUGCUGAAGAAAUUAGCUCCUGAGAGUUAUAAACAAGUUAACGAGAGCAGCUCAGAUAAUGUUGCAUCUGGAUCAAUCGAUGAAGUCCUACAAAACAUGGACCAGAAUCUAUUCCGCACUCUGCCAAAACUGUGCGCUAAACCGAGGAUGCUUGUCUGUGCUCCUUCAAAUGCUGCAACUGAUGAGCUCCUCGCACGUGUCCUCGAUCGUGGAUUCAUCGAUGGAGAAAUGAAGGUAUAUCGACCAGAUGUAGCUCGAGUGGGUGUUGAUUCUCAAACCCGAGCUGCUCAAGCAGUUUCUGUGGAGAGAAGAAGCGAGCUUCUACUAGCUAAGCCUCGUGAGGAGAUUGUAGGACAUAUGCAAUACCUAAGACAACGUGAGUCUGCGUUAUCUGUACAGAUAGCUGGGCUUAAGAGGGACCUGACUGCUGCAGCCUUUGCGACUCGAUCUCAGGGAUCUGUUGGAGUCGACCCCGACGUUCUUAUGGCUAGGGACCAGAACAGAGAUGCAUUGCUACAGACCCUUGCUGCCGUGGUUGAGUCCAGAGAUAAAGUCCUUGUGGAAAUGUCUCGCCUUCUCAUCGUGGAGGGAAAGUUUCGUGCUGGUAAUAACUUCAAUCUUGAGGAAGCCCGUGCGAAUCUAGAGGCAAGUUUUGCUAACGAAGCCGAGAUUGUUUUUACAACCGUAUCAAGUAGUGGUCGUAAACUGUUCUCUCGUCUUACCCAUGGAUUCGAUAUGGUGGUCAUCGACGAGGCUGCUCAGGCUAGUGAGGUCGGAGUUCUUCCUCCCCUUUCUCUUGGUGCUGCACGUUGUGUACUUGUUGGUGAUCCUCAGCAGCUUCCUGCAACGGUCAUCAGCAAGGCUGCUGGAACUCUUCUAUACAGUAGAAGUCUCUUUGAAAGGUUCCAGCAAGCUGGAUGCCCGACUUUGUUGUUAACUGUUCAAUAUAGGAUGCAUCCUCAAAUCCGGGAUUUUCCUUCGAGAUACUUCUACCAAGGACGUCUUAUGGACAGCGAAAGCGUUUCCAAUGCUCCCGAUGAGAUUUACUACAAAGACCCUAUACUUAGACCUUACCUUUUCUUCGAUAUCAGCCAUGGACGGGAGUCGCACAGAGGUGGAUCUGUAUCUUAUGAAAAUGUUGACGAAGCUCGAUUCUGUAUCGGGUUGUAUAUGCAUCUUCAGAAAACACUGAAGUCGAUGGGUGCGGGGAAAGUUUCAGUUGGUAUAAUAACCCCGUAUAAGCUGCAGCUGAAAUGCCUGAGACAAGAAUUUGGCAACGCAUUGGGUCAAGAAGAGAUGAAGGAGCUGUAUAUUAAUACCGUAGACGCAUUCCAAGGCCAAGAACGUGAUGUCAUAAUCAUGUCAUGUGUACGUGCUUCUAGCCAUGGUGUCGGUUUCGUUGCAGAUAUCCGCCGUAUGAAUGUUGCUCUUACCCGAGCGAGAAGGGCUCUAUGGAUUAUGGGAAAUGCAGCUGCUCUAGUAAAGUCAGAGGACUGGGGGGCAUUGAUCAACGAUGCCAGGUCCAGAAGCUGUUUUAUGGAGAUGGAUUCACUUCCCAAGGAUUUCUCGAUACCUAAAGGACAACCUAACUAUAACCCGAAGGCGCCGAGAGGUUACCCAUCAGGUGGGCCAAGAGCCAGAUCAUUGGAUAUGAUGCAUAAUAAUGAAUCAAGGUCAGGGACACCAUCAGAAGAAGAUGAGAAGUUGGGCGGAUCAACGUUUUCGAGAAAUGCGAAUUUCCGAAGGGAGAACUCAUUGGAUAAGUUUGAUCAACCCGGAGGGGAUAAUAGAUACCGAGAUGGUUGGCAGCAACAUGGGAUGCACAAGAGGCAAAACUUUGGGCGGCCGUUGGGGAAACGAGAUCAGUAAUUCUUCAACUGCUUUUUUUUUUUACAAGAAACCGCAAAAAACGCGAAAGCUGCCAAAAUCUACUGCAUCAAGGGCAAUGACCUCAUCACGAGUUCUUUUUUAAAAGAAGGAUGAGGGGACAGAGAAAUCAUGUCAACCCCGUUCUGCCUUGGAGGAGUAUAGGGCAAAAGACAGUAGAAAUCCGGGGCUCGUCUCUUGUGCGAGGGAAACGUGCUCAAUCCUCGAGAGACCUCGGCUGCACGGGAAAAGGGGUCAGUCUUUGACACAAACUGGAGAAACUAUCGCUAUGCUUACUGAAGCAUCAGCUUGCUUUCUUGACGGAACGGAACGGCGUGGAUAGAGCAGAUGCAACUGAAGAGAUGAUCAUUCUCUCUUCCGUUUUUUGCCUUAGAAGGGAACAGGCACUGAAAGCAAUAUAUAGAGGGGAAAGAAAAAAACAAAGCUUUUCAGAGAAGUCUGCGAUACGCUUAUAUGAUGAUAUCACACCACAGCCCAAAGAGCAGACUCAGCUUUGACUUGUACAGCACCAUCACCCUCUGCUGAAUUACAGAACCUACUUCUCCUUUUUAACAUUUUCAAUUUGUUCAUGUUUAUAUUCUUUCUUUUUUUAUAAAUACAGUUAUCAAAUGAAGAAUCAUAUUCUUUAA